AUCAUUUAUUACACCUUUUACAUGUUUGCACAUCUUUUUUAAACUAUCGGCUAACUUGAUAAAUUCAUGAUUUUGUGAUAAUUUCUCAUUUUUACUUUAUGUUUGAGCUCCGGUACUCAGACCAAAGUGUGCACAUGAGGCAUAUUUGUAUUCUGAGGGCCUUAACCUGAUUUUAUUUUGUGGUACAAGGCGUUAUGGCUAUUAGCAGUAAUGUGCUAGAUGUUGACUUGCUUUCAUAACAAAAUGGGGGCCUAUAGAUCAUCUAUAAUAGAUGCAUAUGCAACCUCCCUAUAUUUGACAAUACGUCGUUACAUUAAAGUAAUUAAAGUGAUCACUUUCAGGGGUGGUUGACAAACACACUAACAUGCUUAAGCUAACACACUGGUGUUGCGCCUGCAUGAAGGUAUACCCGGCAUGUUGAUGUUGUUAUAUUGUAGAUCACGUGAUACACUGUGAGGGGGGCUUUUAUUGUGACAGGCAGACGCGUCAAAGAGGAAAUGAUCUUUAAUGUUAGUUUAGAGCUGAGAGACUCGGACCUGUGAUUAUUUGGAAUUCGUAGUCAAAGAUCGUCUAUUCCCGGUAAGGUGGUGACAUCGGAGAAGGAUUAUUCUGAAGAAACCGGUAUUUUAAUAACGAGGUGACUUACCAAAUUAAUGUAAAUAUAUAUAUACAUUCAUGAAUGUAUUGUGUGUAUAUAUAUAUAUACAUUCAUUUGUAUGUGUAUAUAUACAUACAUAUAUAUAUACAUAUAUACGUAUAUAUAUACACAUACAUAUAUAUGUAUAUAUAUAUAUAUAUACAUAUAUGUAUGUAUUUGGGAGUUUUUCCUGAUCCAAUGUGAGGUCCUGGGAGAGGGGUGUCGUAUGUGUACAGAUUGUAAAGCCCUCUGAGGCAAAUUUGUAAUUUGUGAUAAGGGGCUAUACAAAAUAAACUGAAUUGAAUUGAAUAUAGGCAAUGCAGUCUAAUUGAAAGGUCAAAUGUAUGUAUUUUUUCGCAUGAUAAAUGCCAUUGACAUAACGUGAAGAUAAUGCAAAAUGUACAAACAAUUAGAGUUCAACUGAAACGUUAGAUGUCAUACGACUCCUCUACUCAUGUGACAUUAAUCCUACUACGUGUGUGUGUGUGUGUGUGGUGGGGGGCGUGGCCUUCAGUGCUACAGUUUUUCUCUACCAGCACAAAUACCUGUUUUAGUGUCUUUUGUUUUUGCAGGUUGUGAAUCUGAGAAAAGACAUGCCUUCUAUGGAAUUCAUAGCCGGGAGUCUUUCCGGUGCACUGGGACUGGCAGUCGGAUAUCCAUUAGACACCGUGAAGGUGCGCCUGCAGGCCCAUUCUGCUUAUCAAGGAAUACUUCACUGUAUGUCUAAAACAUACUCCAACGAAGGGCUCCGGGGAUUCUUCAAAGGCAUGGCAUUCCCAGUGCUGACCGCUGGCAUCAACAACGCUGUCAUCUUUGGCUCUUACAGUAACGCCUUGGAUUACCUCACUGAGUCUCGGCACGCGGCCCGCGAUCGGGGCAAAGCGGCCUCCGCUGCGCAGGUGUUCGCCGCCGGCUGUUUCUCAGGCAUGAUGCAGGUGUGUGUUUACGCGCCCAUUGACCUGGUGAAGGUGCGUCUUCAGGGUCAGACGACCGUUCAGAGAUACCGUGGGCCCGUUCAUUGCAUCGCCGUCAUCCUGAGGAAGGAGGGGCCUAAGGGUCUGUUCAGGGGGGGGCUGGCCAUCGCCCUGAGGGACAUACCCUUCUACGGACUUUACUUCUUGCCCUACGAAGUCACCCGAAAGGCCCUGACCCAGAGCGGCAAAGAGCCAGGGACGUUCGCAAUAAUGAUGGCAGGCGGCGUGGCGGGCGUGGUGACCUGGGCCUUCGCCACGCCCAUGGACGUGGUGAAAGUCCGGCUCCAGAUGUCGGGGGUCGAAGGCCGGGUGUACCGAGGGGUCCUGCACUGCAUGAGCGUGAGCUUCAGGGAGGAGGGAGCGAGGGUCUUCUUCAAAGGCCUCCUGCUGAACUGCCUGAGGGCUUUCCCCGUCAACGCCGUCACGUUCCUCAGCUACGAGAGUCUGAUGAGGAUGUUCUGCCCGCCGACCAGGUGACCUCACUCCGAGGCGCUCUACCCGCUGCGUGAAAAAGAAGAGCUUCCAGUGGUGAGGACAUUUGAAUACGCGGAACACAAUUUGACUGUCGGUCGGAUAUUCUGUCACGUCACGUUACAUGAAGCGGUCUCAGUUUUAAGAUGAAGCGGAAUGAAUUCGCGGUGACACCCCUGAGAAAUUGUACUUGAAGGCCACACAUGCGUAAAGUGUGUGUAUUCGACAACUGGAAGACAACUAUGCCUUCAGAAAGAAUCCAAAUGUGAAGACUCAACUCAUUGAUUAACCUUCAUUUCAUUUUAAUAAUACGGAUAUUUCCGUCUCUACGGAAAUGUCUUUGCUCUCAGACGGCGGCUGUUUCCUCCAGUUCGUCAUCCAUGCAGCAUUUUAUACAAACUUCACUCCAGUUUUUCUAUGUUCGUUAUUUCAUGUGGUAUCAUGUCAGUGUUUUGCAUUUACAGCGACCUCUUAGUGGCUUUACACGCAGGAGAAUGGAUGAAAAUAUAUGUUUUACAUAGGAUUAAUUGGAUAUGUGAUAUAGUUAGAAUCACAAUACUAGUGUGUAUCUAAAUCAGCAAUGCAACACAAAAAUCGCUGAAACUAAAAAUAAAAAAUAUUUACACAAUG